GGGCCGGUCCCGGCGCGGCGCCGGGGGGGGGAAACCGAACCGAACCGAACCGAACCGAGCGGAGCCGAACGGAGCCGAGUCGAACCGCGCCGGGAUUGGGGCGAACGGAGCCGAACCGAACCGAACCGAGCGGUACCGAACCGAGGGGAGCGGAGCGGGGCCGGAUCGAACCGAACCGAGCGGGGCCGAACCGAACCGAGCGCAGCGGGGCCGGGCCGGAUCGAACCGAACCGAGGGCAGCGGGACCGAGCGCAGCGGAGCGGGGCCGGGCCGGGCCGGAUCGAACCGGGGGGAGCGGAGCGGGACCGGGCCGGAUCGAACCGAGCGGAGCCGAACCGAACCGAACCGAACCGAGCGGACCGGGCCGGGCGGCCCCCGCACUCGCCCUGCGCCAUGCGCGCAGCACCCGCGGGCUGCCCGGGGCCCCGGCAGCGGCGGCCGCGGGGUGCUCGGCUCUAGGGCGCCGGCCAUGGCGCAGGACAACGCGGCCUUCUGCGGCGUGCCCGAGUCGCCGGGCGGCGAGGCCAAGCCACCGCCGCGGCACGCCGGCCCCGCCGGCCGCACGCGCCAGCGCUACGUGGAGAAGGACGGCAAGUGCAACGUGCAGCACGGCAACGUGCGCGAGACCUACCGCUACCUCACCGACAUCUUCACCACGCUGGUGGACCUCGAGUGGCGCUUCAGCCUCCUCGUCUUCAUCCUCGCCUACGCCGUCACCUGGCUCUUCUUCGGCCUCAUCUGGUGGUUCAUCGCCUACUGCCGGGGCGACCUGGACCACCUGGAGGACCACGCGUGGACGCCGUGCGUCAACAACCUCAACGGCUUCGUCUCGGCCUUCCUCUUCUCCAUCGAGACGGAGACCACCAUCGGCUACGGCCACCGCGUCAUCACGGACAAGUGUCCCGAGGGCAUCGUGCUGCUGCUGCUCCAGGCCAUCCUGGGCUCCAUGGUCAACGCCUUCAUGGUGGGCUGCAUGUUCGUGAAGAUCUCGCAGCCCAACAAGCGGGCCGAGACGCUGGUCUUCUCCUCGCACGCCGUGGUCUCGCUGCGGGACGACCGCCUCUGCCUCAUGUUCCGCGUGGGCGACCUGCGCGACUCGCACAUCGUCGAGGCCUCCAUCCGCGCCAAGCUCAUCAAGUCCAAGCAGACGCAGGAGGGCGAGUUCAUCCCCCUCGACCAGACGGACCUCAGCGUGGGCUUCGAGACGGGCGACGACCGCCUCUUCCUCGUCUCGCCCCUCAUCAUCAGCCACGAGAUCGACGAGCGCAGCCCCUUCUGGGACGUCUCCCGGCAGCAGCUGGAGAAGGACGACUUCGAGAUCGUCGUCAUCCUCGAGGGCAUGGUGGAGGCCACAGGGAUGACGUGCCAGGCGCGGAGCUCCUACCUGGCGGCCGAGGUGCUGUGGGGCCAGCGCUUCGCCCCGGUGCUGAGCCUGGCGGACGGCUUCUACGAGGUGGACUACGGCUCCUUCCACCGCACCGUCGAGGUGCCCACGCCGAGCUGCAGCGCCCGGCGGCUGGCGAGCGGCGGGGACACCGAGGUCACCCCCCCCGGGGACGCCCCGCUCUGCUGGGGGGCCGCGGCCGGGCGCCGUCGGGGCCGCGGGCCGGAGGAGCCCAAGGAGAGCAACGGCACCGUGGCGGCACCCGAACGUGCCGCCGCGGCCGGGCGCCCCGGCACCCCCCCGGCCAGGUGAGUAGGGGGCUGGGUGCCCCCCCCUCCCCCAGGUGGGUGGCGAGGGCCCCCCCCCCACCCCGGCGAGGCCACGCUGCUGGGUUUCUUUUAAUAAAACA